AUGGUGACGGGAACUAUCAAGUGCGUAGUCGUCGGUGACGGUGCCGUUGGAAAGACAUGUCUCCUCAUCAGCUAUACAACGAAUAAGUUCCCCUCGGAAUAUGUGCCGACAGUUUUCGACAACUAUGCCGUCACCGUCAUGAUCGGUGAUGAGCCCUACACGCUCGGCCUGUUCGAUACAGCAGGACAAGAAGAUUACGACCGUUUACGUCCGCUAUCAUACCCCCAGACCGACGUCUUCCUCAUCUGCUUCAGCGUUGCAUCGCCCGCCUCGUUCGAAAACGUGUCCCAGAAAUGGGCCCCCGAAGUCAACCAUCACUGCCCCGGCGUGCCCUUCCUCAUCGUCGGAACGCAGAAGGAUUUGCGCUCCGACAAGGAACUGAGGGACAAGCUUGCCCAGCGCAAGCAGUCGAUGAUAGAGUUCAAGCAGGGAGAGAAGCUUGCCCAGGAUCUUGACGCCGUCAAAUAUGUCGAGUGCAGUGCGCUGACACAGGAAGGUCUCAAGAACGUGUUUGAUGAGGCCAUCGUUGCGGCACUGGAGCCGCCUCAGAAAAAGACAAGUAAAAGGGACAAGAAGUGCUUGAUUCUGUGA